CAUAUGAUUGUUGGGUUUUUGUCUGUAUCUAUGAAGCACCUUGAUGCAACUUUUGUUGUGAUUUGGCGCUAUAUAAAUAAAAUUGAAUUGAAUUGAAUAGUACUCGGCCUUGUCAUACACUGCUUUGAAAGUAACAGUAACAGUAUUGCUAUUAGCUGCUUGGUCCAUUCAGCGUUCUAGUCACUUAGCAAUCCUACCAGGUAUUCCCCCUGUCAUUCAAGUACAAGUUACUGAGUUUCAUUGAGUUUCUGUGCUCUCUGCUGUUUUUGUUUUUGUUUUUUCUCCUAUUUUGAAUGAUCCUUAAUAGGCUUAAAAGGUGAGCAGGACAGUGACCCUAAAUAUCUAAGUAAGAGCACUGAAUAACAUCACCGACAACCUUCGCCGAUCGAGGCAAUUCAGUUGGAGCCCAAACCCUGUAGAGAUCCUCUGGAUUGAUCUCAGUAGCUGUUUACACUAGAUAUCCUGAGAAUGUGACUGAGCUGAAACAGUUCUUCCAAGAAUGGGCUAAACUUCCUUUUCGAGGUUUCUGCUUGCCUGAUCUGUAGCUGCUGGGAAUUUGUUUGUGCUACAGAAAAUGUUUGACAGCUCAUUAAAGCCGAGCAUUCUUUUACCGUCGGCACUGGGAAUGUUUAAUGAGUGUGUCCAAUAAAUGCAGGAAUGAUUAGAAUCCCAUUGUUGAAGAAAUAAAGGUAAAAAGAGACUUGCACAAAACCUGAGAAAAGUCUUGCCAAAGGUGAUGAAUCUCAAAUUCAGCUGUUUGGCUUGGCCAGGUCAUUCAUAUACAGCAGUUAGACAGGUGCUGGCUUGAGGUCAUAGAUAAAAGAAGCAGAAAUGAGCUUUUUCUGAAUUGUGGCUAGGCUCUGCUUUCCUGAUGGGCGGCGAUCUUGGUCUUUCAGGAGGGGCUUGGAGUGGAGCUGCUACUCCUCCACGUCAAAAAAAGAGUAUGAUGGGAUGGAAUGGGAUGGGAUGGGAUGGAUGCCUCCAGGCCGAGGUGUUAUCCUGCAGGGAGGAGGUCCUAGGACAAACUACAGAGCUAAAGAGUACUGUAAGGUGGCGUACGCUUACAAAGCCACAAACGAGGACGAGCUCACCCUGAACGAAGGCGAUAUUGUACACGUGCUGAGCAAGGACACAGGAGAGCCGGGCUGGUGGCGAGGCGAAGUUGGAGGCAAAGAAGGCGUCUUCCCUGACAACUUCGUUGUCAUGAUUUCUGAAGCAGAGAAAGAGAUUUCUGUUCUUGUUCAGGCUCACACAUCAAGAGGGUCCAUCAAAUCAUCACCAAAGCCAGAGGCAGAAGAGAAACCGAAGAAACCGCCUCCACCAUCUAAAAGCACGGCUCUUAAGCCGGAGAUCCCGAGUGCUGACAAGAAGCCUCAUCUGGUCAGGCCAGAGGACAGAG